AUGUCUCAAUCAUGUUCGAUAAAGAAAUGCAUUCGUACAUCACGUGGACUGUGUGAUUGUUGUCAACAAAAUCUUUGUUUACAACAUUUAAAUGAACAUAAUGCCUCACUCGUUUCUCAACUCAAUCCUUUGAUUGAUGAAAUUAAUGCACUUAGUGAUUGUCUCAAAACACUAAAUAUUCAAAAAACAAUUGCGAAUAGUCGUGAAAAACUUGAACAAUGGCGUGAAGAUUGCCAUAAUAAGAUUGACUGUUUUUUUGAAGAAAAAUGUCAAGAACUUGAUCAACUUAUUAAUGAAAAAGUUGAUCAACAACGAGAAGAACUCAAACGAAUGCAUUUGAAGAUGACUGAACUCAUGAAUACACAAGAAACAACUCGUCAAGAUAUCGAUCUAUUGAAAUCAACUAUUCGUCAACUUGAAAGAAAUAUGAACAACAUUGAACAAAAAUGUUUUACAAUCAAUACUCGCCCAUUAAUAAUUGAUGAAACGUUCGUUUUUAUUAAGAAAACGACUGAACAAGAGCUUGAUCUAUCAACUCUUUCGCCUGUAUGCAGAAAAAUUACUAGUCCUGAAGGCACUUUUGGAUCACUAACUAGCAAUGAUCAACAUUUAUUGAUACAUCAAGAGCCAUAUUUAUGUUUAUUUGAUCAAGACAUGAAUAUUAUCAGACAAACAUUAUGGCCUUACGAUGCAAUUCGUGACAUGUGCUGGUCGUCAAGAUUAGAUCGAUUCAUUGUACUUGAAAAAAAUAAUAUCUAUCUCAUUAAUGAAAAUACAAUGUCAAUUGACAAUGUGCACACAAUUGAAGAACGGGAAUGGUUAUCAUGUACAUGUUCUGACACAGUUUUAUUUGCAAGCACCGCUGAAUGGGGUUCAUCUAUUAUGGAAUUCACAUUACUCUCGACGAUCAAAUUGAUUAAAGAAUGGAAAUGUCCUCUUACAUGUACCAAAGAUGAAGCUAUCAAUAGUAUCGUUUACAAUCACGAAAAUCUCGCUCUGAUGAUUAUGAAUAAAUCCAAGAAAUCACUACGCAUUGAAUUGAGAUAUGCAAAGACGCUUAAUCGCAUUUGGUUACUUCAACUUGAUAUUAGAUGGGUCCAAAAUAAAGCAUUUCGAUGUUGUUCACUUUCUUGUAAUGAAUGGCUCGUUGUUGACUACGAGACUGGACGCCUAUUACAGAUUACAAAAGAUGGAAAAAUAAAGAAAACAAUUCAAUAUCAUCCGAUUCCUUACUGUGCUACUUUGUUUGACCUAAAUAAGCUAGCUGUAUCAACUGUGAAUGGCGUAAACCUGCACACAACUUAA